AUGGAUUUGGGAAACAAUUUAUUGAGAGGUAAGAUCCCUUUAUGGAAUGGAAAAAAGCUAUCAAACCUUGAAAUCUUGAAUCUCCAAUCAAAUAUGUUUGUGGGUAACAUUCCACUUGAACUAUGUCAAAUCGAAACUUUCCAAUAUUUAAACUUGGCAAGUAAUAGCAUAACUGGAAACAUUCCUCGGUGCUUUGGUAAUUUAACCGGUAUGAUAAAGAGUGACCACAAGUUGGAAAACAAAAUUUCUAUAUAUGAAGAAAAUAUUGAAGCUCGCAUAAAAGGUAUUGAACUAAAGUACACCAGCACAAUUCGGUUUCUUAUAUCCUUAAAUCUUUCAAGCAACAAACUUAUUGGUGAAAUACCUGAUGUGUUGAUGAGCUUGGAAGCAUUGACUAAUUUGAAUCUUUCUAGAAACCAGUUAAGUGGACAUAUUCCUACAAUGAUCGGAACUCUAAAGUCAAUGGAAUCUUUAGAUUUGUCAGCUAACAAGUUGUUUGGUUUUAUUCCUCCAAGUUUAGCUAGCUUGAACUCUCUAGGCUAUUUGAACCUAUCAUUCAAUAAAUUAUCCGGUCCACUACCAGUUGGAAGUCAUUUCAAGACUUUUGAUAAUCCCGCUAUAUAUGAAGGGAACAAUCGAUUAUGUGGGUUCCCAUUAUUGAGUUGCAAAGGAAAUAUGUUAUCAUACACUCGUGUUGGUGAUUAUGAAGGUGAAAACGGUUCACAAGAUUUCUCGCCAUUUUAUGCUGGUGUGGUCUCAGGAUUUGUUGUUGGUUUCAUGGGACUUAUUGUUAGCUUGAAAUAUAUUAUGAUUUGGAGGAUAACUUACUUUGAAAUGAUAGAGAAUGUUUACGUGUUUUUAAUGGUUUCCAUUAUAGUGGCUUUUGCUCGAUUAAAGAAGAAGUUUUUCUAA